UACGGGAUACGCCGGGCUACAGUUUGUCUUCAGCGAUCAGUGAACAAGGAAGACGCCAAAAAGCAAUGCCAGAUAACCGCACAAUACUCAGCAUCCUUCUCGUCGGGACUUUCUGCACCUGCGUCUGCGCAGUGGCGCCCGACGCCUGGGGCGGGGUGCUCCCACCGGAAAUGGCUGGUGACCCCGCCGUGUUGACCCGGAAGCAGUGGGUGCCGGAGAGGCGGAACACGGUGGGCCGGGGGACGGAUAACCCCUGCUCCCUGCCCUCCGCCAUGCGCCCGCCCGCCUGCGACUGGUGGAUAGUUCACCGGUACGCCAGGAGCCACGGCUCAGUCGAACCGCGCCAAGACAGAGACAGCAUCGACACACGGAGGUCGCCCCUGGCUCUCAGCUACCUACUCGGGCUGCCGAGGACCUUCACCAGCCGGCGCCCCGCGGCCCAGAGGCCGGUCUACUUCAGGCGCGGCGUGUGGUCUCCCCGCACGGAAACAGGUGUGGAUUUCGCUGAGUAGAUUGCCCAAGCCGGCUGUGCCGGAUUUGGAUGAAAACAACUCGAUAGACCUCAGUCCCAAACGCGCACGUUUAGCAAUAUUGAAAAAUUAAUUUACUUGGAAGACAAUGGUGUCUAUGAAAAUGAUACUAACGCUGGCAUUACGAAGGUAUUUAUGUUGUCUCUCUCAGGACAGAUCCUAAAAGUAUAAUCUUGGAAUGAAUAAAAGUUGGGAAGAGUGAAGAAACAUUUGAUGGUGAGGUUUACAUUUUUUCACGUUAUUG